AUUUUCCUGAGCAGCCGUUGUCCACCAUGCCAGCUAAAAAGCGCAUGAAGCUCGAGAUGUCGCCUGAGCCGUCGCAGACCAUAUAUUCAUCACAAGCAUCCAUUGCACCAAGUUCGCAAAGUUCACAGACAUUCUUGACCCAAGACUUCGAUCAACUGGGUUUUGGUGAUGGACUUGAUGGCGCUUUUGAUGAGGCAGUCACUGGAAGAGACUCACUUUGCAAGAGCGAAGACUAUGAAUUGGUGAAAUGUGAUGAAGAUGAAGGGGUGGACAAUGUAGCCGAAGGGGACAUGACUUGUGGUGACCCAGCGCAGCUUGCCAGCUACAGCCCAUUCCUGGCUCGCAACCGAGACUUCUACGGAUUGGCAGUCAGUUUGAUGCGCUUGCAGGGCAUAGACUUGCGCAGAUUCCCACCGACGACUAAAGGAGUCGUGAGAGAGUUCUUCCAGCGGUACCAUCCCUUUGCAAAUCAGGACCUUCUGUGGUCUCUGUCUUUUGAGGAAGAGAGCGGGUCUGGACCGCGUACAAAAUACAGAGCAACCCUCACAAUACAUGUGCUGAAUGACCGAAAAUUUCAGGGGAAAAUGUCGUCCACCAGCAUGCACCUUGCUGAGGAAUCAGAGGUGAUAGCCUUCCGUGAGGAUCCAGAAGUGCGAGAAAUUGCGAAGGUGCUUCCGCCGCCGCGGAAAAAGAUCAAAGAAUGGGUGCACCUGAACAGCCAGGAAAGGGAGAGGUUGGUGGCUGCGGGCUUCGACACCAGCAUUAUUCUCACGGAAUUUGUGCAGAGUGUUUACAUGCAUUUCCGAGAGUUGGGGUGCAGAACUGCGCUCUGGGAUGGCAAUGCAUAAUUUUUGCCCUGUAUCGUGCUUAAAGCAGAACCAAGAGCACAGAAUAGGUCAAGUAGGGAACGAGUAUAACGGCUUUCGCAACAGUUCGAAAAGUUCUGCCUAAUUACUUUGUUUUGACAUUCAAAGCACUUCAGUCAAGCCGAAUCCACUUGCCCUAUACCUGCCGUGGUUGUUUGUGUGCGAUUGAUUUCCUUUUCUUCGCCUUUCCUCCCCCGUUUACUUUUGCUGCAGGUGUUCGGAGCAGGAAGUGGC